AUGAAUGCGGCGGUGGUGUCCCAGAUCCAGAUGAGUCCAACAGUGGUACGGGUCCAACAGUCCUCACAGAUGUACGCGCUCCUCCUCCUCUCCCCGUGCGUCUGGAGUGGAGAUGGGGGUCUGUGGGGGUCUGGCUCAGCGCGCAAAGGUGACCAGGACACUGCAGGGGCCGCUUUCAGGGACUUUCCGGAGGAGAAUGUCACUUCAGACCACAGCGGAGAGCGGUUAAUGCAAAACACGCGGACCAGCGACGCCCCUGACGCGAACCUGUUGCACAAUGUUUCGUUCAAGUCUUUUCUGUGA